GUGAAGAAGAAAUCUGAAAGAAAAUUCUGCCGGAGUAGAAAUGGAGGAGAAUCUGUCAUCGACCCUUUUUCCCCCUGAAUCUCGUGUAUACAUUUUCGAAUUUAACCCUUUCAAAUGUUUUGGUGGAAGCAUUGUUUUCGUAUUGGUAUAGACGUGCGUACGAUUUUUGUGACGAAUUUGCCACGCCUCUCUUUGCUGACGUAACUAAAAUGAAAUGUCAUUGCCAUUUAGCCCCUCGAAUAAUUUACAGCUUAUCUCCUGCAUUACAGAUAGUGCUAUGAACUCGAUAUGUGAGAUAGAAUUCGUCAGAAGAAGAAAAAGUGAUGGAAGGACACAAUGAGAUAAGAACAUCUCACUCCGGCAGUAUUACAGCAUCAGUCUUCCUGAGUGGUCAAGAUUCGUGAGAUAUUCAUAAAAGUGAUUUUUUCAACUGGGAACUGCAACAUUCCUAAGCACAGUUUUUUCGGCCAAGAAUUUAUUUGAAGAAAUGGAUUGGUUGACACUGAGUGGAGGUGCUCCGUCAUGGAUCCUUAUCCCACUGGGGAUAUUUUACGAAAAUCAAUAUUACACCAGUGACGAAUGUUUAACCUUUCUUGAAAAUCUUACUAAUCAACUAAAUUGCGAUGAUCCCAAAACUCAUUCACGGCGGCGGGGUCUUGGAUUCGUAGACAUAAUAAACAGGGACCUAAAACACAUAUUGAUUUGCUGCAAUAAGGAUCAACCUAGUAUCUUUCGUUCUACAGUAAAGCUGUUGGUAGGAAUAACUUCGCCUAUCGAGUGUCUGGUUUUUGAAGACGCACCCAAUCAGAGAGAAAAGUCACCCCAUAUCAUGUGCGAAUUGAAUCAACUACUCUACAAUGCCAAGGAAUCUUUCCUCGAUCCCAGGACUACUCGAUCCCUAAUCGAUCAUAUCGUUCGUAUUUUGGAAAAUCAACCAGUAUCAACUGAAGAUAGCGAGUCUGUUAACGAUUCGUUGUUACUGAUUCGAAACAUACUGCACGUUCCGGAGCGCCCUUUAUCGUCAAUCUUUCAAAACUAUUCCAACGAAUGUUCGCAACAAAAUCGGGUCGUAUGGAACCUAUUUGUCCAGGGGUUUGAUCGCCUUCUUAUUAAUUUGUUGGCAUCUUCACACAAGAAUGACUGGGUAAAGACAAUAGCGCAGCUGAUUGCUCUCCUGUAUAAAGAUCGAUCGGUCGAGAGUAUACAGAAACGAUUGGGCGUGUUGAGUUCCAUCGUGACCGAAUCAUUCGACGAUGAUGGUGAUGAGAGCAACACGUCGUUUUAUAACGUCGAUCCUUGUAAUACUUUUCAGUUUGUGACGAAUCCCACGGCUGGUGAUGUAUUGAGAAAUCCAUCCGACACAUCUUCUCCAGAAGAAAACUCUGAGAUGGUCUGGAGCGAAUCACCACAAGAAAGAGAGUCAACGACAUGGAAUGCUACAGCGAAUCAAAAGCCUGAUAAAAGUAGAGCCCACCAAUUUAUCUCUGUGUUAAAUGAAUCAUCUAAAUCGGGUAUCAGGAGGCGUAUUAAAGAUAAUCGAGACGUGAGGAAAAUUUCGUCUCCUAGGAAGAAACAUAAGAGGAAAAAAUUGAGAAAGCGCAGUCGCUCGGAUCCGCACACGAUGAAAUUCCACUAUACACCGACAGAGGAAGGCAUUGUACAACUUCUGAAAAUUUUCACCGUCGAUUUCAUGCUGAACGGGUACAACACACUCGUCUGCCAAUUGCAUCGAAAACUGCUGCAACAAGACGCCCUUCCGCUGGAUAAAUCACACUUCCUCUGGCUCAUUACCUAUUUCUUGCGCUUCACUUCUCAGCUAGAGAUGGACGGGGAACACCUUAAAGAUGUUAUAACCAUCGAUGUUCUGUGCUACCUGACGUGGGAGGCUGUUUGCGAGACGGAAGAAUUCCAGCUGAAUUCGUUGCGGGCCGAUGUCGACCUGAAACCUUCAAUGCACAGAUUACAUCUGUGUGUAACUGCCAUUCAAGAAUAUCUCCAAGCGGUGGAAACAUAUUCGCGCUCCGGGGCUGAAAACAGCCCGUCUCAAAUGCAUGAAGAGCGAAUCAGUCAGAUAUGUGGUUACCUGCCAGCUAUUCGUGAUUUGUGCCUACUUUUCCUGCUCCAACUGCGUCAUUUCGAUCCUAGUAUUCAGAGCAGAUAUUAUCUAUGUGAUAUUAUCAAAGCUAAUCAUGUGCUACUGCUGACACUGGAGAGGGCCACUCCGCAACCGACAACUGGAACGAAUUUCGAUUUACGCCAACAUUUACAGCAAUUUUGCACAAAAACGAUAAUAGCUCGUUACGCAAUGGCUCUGGAGAAUUUCAAAACAAAUGGGCUUUUAGUCAACGACUGCAUCUUCACCAUGUUGCACCACGUCGGUUGCGAUUUAGAUCGAGUGGAUCUUUUAAUCGAGCCGGUUAUUUUACGCACAUUCAGCAAAAUCUGGGAGGAUGCUUUCAACAUUUGCGACGAUUGGUAUGAUUUGACCGAAUAUGUUGCGCAGAAAUACUUUCGAAAAAUUCAGAGCAAACCCCAUUAUGAAACGGUUUCGCCACGCAGGAGCGAAUUCCGGUCCAUCGAAUCUGAACAUCAGCGAGUCUCAUUUGAUGUUCCAGCCGAACAGGCGGCUGGGGAAGAUGAUGCCGUUUUUCUUGAAAUGCCUCGUACUGAUAUCGAAUCGCUCAUUAGUCAACUCAUACAAACAGGGUUCCAGAAGCAAUUGAACUGGAUUCAGUCGUCCUUAUUGACAGCGUGUUCAGCUCGUUUGGGGGCUUACGACGGCCAGGAAUUCCGGCAUCUAAUUGCUUGCAUCAGUCUUAAAAUGAAUUUGUCGUGCCCAAUAGUUCCGUGGACGGAAGUGGAAGCAUCCGCUCUGCGUUCCGAGCUUUUCCUCUUACUUUUACAUCAUAUUGGCCUUAUCCCGCCCGCUCCUCAUGCGUUUCUUUAUCCUCGUAUCCCUUUUGAAUGGUCAGCCAAUACUUUGUACAGCUUCGCUCUAUUUUUUGGCCCGGUCCUUCAGCAGGAGGUUGACUUUGACUUGACAAGGGUUAGCAAAGUUGAGCUACCGAUUCCUAACUCGCCUGUUUUUCUGCCUAUUCCUAAUUUCCCUAUCGAUCAAGCUGGGUCUCCAUUUCAUGCAGCAGAGAUCACCAAAUGUGGGCAUAAUGAUUACCUCGACACUACCGAUCAGAAUCAUCUGCCAAUCGAUAAUAUUCGAUCGACCAGCUCCCUUGAAGCCUUCAAAAUGGACUCGAGUGAAGACGAAGAAAUGGAAGACGAAGUUAUUAAAGCAUCCGCCUUAUCAACGGAAGGAUGAACGUGAACCAACUGUCUGUGUUGCAGACACAUUAUGGCUCUUGAAUUAUUUUGCGUUUUUUUUAUUUUUCAGUGUCUCCAUGUUUGUGGUAGCCUACUGUUACUGUUGCUAAACCCAAAUUGUUGUGAAAACAUAUGCAUUUAUGGAAAGUUAUAAAAUAAACAAAUUCAGUAAACCUA